AUGUCAACUGAAGAAAAACGCGAAAAUGAUUCAUAUAUGUCAGAAGAUACAAAUUAUAAGACACUAAAAAGAAGAAUUGUUAGCAAAUGGAUACAUGUUUGGUUGCCAAUCUUAAUGGUGUGUUGGGCAGCAACAUCUAUGAGUCAAGCUGCAUGUACAACUGUGAUUCAGUUGGGCAUUGUUAGAUUUCUUCUAGGAAUGUUUGAGGCAGCAUUUCCUCCAUCUAUAAUAGGAUAUAUUAGUUUAUUUUAUUCCAAAAAAGAAUUAACUUUAAGGUAUUCUCUCUUUAUGGUUAUAACCACCAUUAGUGGUGCUCUUAGUGGGUUCGCUUCGUAUUUCAUAGUCCAAAUAUCUGGAUCUCCAUUAAGUGGUUUCCAAUGGUUAUUUAUAAUUGAAAACAUCCCAACUUUUUUUAUGGCCUUAGUUGCUGCCGUAUUUUUGACUCGUGGUCCCGGAAAUGCCCGUUUCUUUACACCUGAGGAACGUGAGUUCGCAGUUGAGCGACUAAAGUCAGAGGGUGGUCCAACUAAAAUAAUUGAUCGUAACCUUGCCAAAGCCCAAAUAAAACUUGCGUUUACCGAUAUCCAAACCUACAUUUACUUAAUAUUAGUUUUAAUUAGCGCAAUUCCAUCCUUUGCUCUUAAUUUCUACCUUCCAACUUUAGUUAACCAACUUGGUUUUAAUAAUGUACAAGCUCAAUUAAUGGUCAUACCACCACUUCUUGUUUCAACAGUAAUUACGACUAUUAAUGCUUGGUAUUCUGAUAAGUAUCAGACAAGAGCCCGGAACAUGUUAGCUGGGUAUUCUUUUUCUAUCAUUGGAUUAGUGGGAAUGAUAGCAACGCACGCCGAUGAUCCUAUUGGUGCACAUGUAACAAUGCGCAGCACGGCCCUCGGAAUAAUAUUCACUUCUGCUCAGAUUGGAGGUAUUAUCGGGAUUCUAAUUUUCCCAGCUACUGAUGCACCAUCAUUCCUUAUGGGAAACGCCGUAUGUUUAGCUUCAGUGCUCUUUGGAACUAUUUUAGUUAUUGGAUUAAAAUUUUAUCUGGAAUUAUUAAAUAAGAAACGUGAUUUGGCUAUAAUAGCCAAUCAUAACUAUAAGUUAAGUGAUAACGAUCUGAAGCAUAAUAAAAGGGUUAGAGACAUUGCUAUGAAGUUGGUAGAAAAUGAGCCAAAGUUUGAUGAAGUUUUGUGUGAUAAGCAUCUUAAUUGGAGAUAUACUACUUAA